AGUUUGUGCACCGACUGCCCUCGUUUCUGUUGUUUGGUCACCUCCUGGCAUCUUGUUCCAUCCUCAGACUGAGCCAUGACGUCUGUGGACAUGGAGAGUUCAUCUCGCAGUAAUGACUUAGAUGUCACGUGGGACAGGUGUGUUGACCGUCGGGUGUACCCGAGAUAAACGCUCAAGAUUCCUGUUAAAUGGCUGUCUCAUCUCAGCCUCAAGUGCAUAGUUUGCAGUGACUUCCAGUGUUCCUGAAUGUGAAAGCUGCUGGUGAGGACGUCACAGCUGCCCCCCCUGGUAGGAGCACACCUGAGGGGCCCGGUAUGUCGCUGUCAGGGUCCUCGGGCAUGCAGCUGUUCGCCAAGCUUGCAAAGCACGCCGCGGGCAAGGCGCAGAUCCAGUUGAACCGCUGGCUGCAAAGGAGCGCCGCCGCCGACGAGUGCGACAAAAUCGACCUCCUCAUAUGCGGCGCCUUUGAUGAGCGAGGGCCCGGUGUGGCGGGUAGGUGCGUCGGUGACCCAGAGGUCACGACGGAUGCCGCAGGGGCGUCGUCCUUUGGCGGCGACGUCAGGCACCCGUGCUGCAUCACCACCUUCUGCUUCAAGAGCGCCGUGUUGGCAUGCAUCCUCACCGCCGUCUGUUUCUCCUCGGUGGUGCUGGUCCGCCAGCACCUCAAGGACCUCCUGCUGUGGGUGGAGGGCCUGGACAGCCUGGUGGGCGCCUUGCUGUUUGUGGUGGGAUUCAUCCUGGUCUCCUUCCCGUGCGGGUGGGGCUACAUCGUGCUGAACGUGGCGGCCGGCUACCUUUAUGGUUUCGUGCUGGGCUUGGGGCUCGUCAUGGUGGGCGUCCUCAUCGGGACCUUCGUGGCGCACCUAGCGUGCAAGCGGCUGCUGACGGACUGGGUGCGCAACAAGGUGGGGAACAGCGAGCAGCUCAGCGCCCUCAUCCGAGUAGUGGAAGGAGGGAGCAGACUCAAAGUUGUGGCCUUAGCGAGACUCACCCCCAUUCCCUUUGGACUCCAAAAUGCAGUUUUCUCAGUCACAGAGGUGUCCUUGCCAAACUACCUGGUGGCGUCCUCCGUGGGCCUCCUGCCCACCCAGCUGCUCAACUCCUACCUGGGCACCACGCUGCGCACCAUGGAGGACGUCAUCGCCCAGCAGAGCGUCAGCGGCUACCUCGUCUUCUGUCUGCAGAUGGUCAUCAGCGUCGGCCUGAUGUUCUACGUGGUGCAUCGCGCUCAGGUGGAGCUCAACGCCGCCAUCGUCGCCUGCCAGAUGGAGCUGCGCUCAUCACGCAUGAACGGCUCCUCCGCCAACCACACCGGCUUCAACUACUGCAGCAAGAGGGUGGCGGCCGGCGGGGGCGUCAACGUGGUGUAGAAGAACCCCGCCUGAUGCACGCAGUCUUGGACCUUAAGGAGCAUUCCUGCAGUACCUGGAGAGUAUUCCUGCAGUACCUGGAGAGUAUUCCUGCAGUACUUAGAGCGUAUUCCAGCAGUACUUUGACUCUUACAGGAGAUGUCAAUCAAUUCACCUUGAAUGUGACCUCUGGAGCUUGUAGACAGCAGAGACUUGAUGUAGUUCUUCUUGGUGUGACACCAAGCUAUGCACCUUCACGUCUUCUCCUUGUUCUUCCCUCCCAAGCAAGGAAGGCAUUGAGUCAGCUUGUAGUUGAGUGUCUUACUUGGGGUCCUGAUGAGAGCAAAGCAGGCAGUUUUGCCUCUCAGGUUCUUCCCACACCCUCGCAGAACUCCACACUAAACUUUCCUCUCCAUGACGGCAUUUUUCUAGUCUGGGAAGACCACCUUUUAGUGCUGAAACCAAACCAACGAGUCCAACAAUGAAGCUAAACCACAUUCACGCGGCUUCUUUAUGUGCCAUCUUCAGCUUUUUACAUCACGUGACUUCUUACUGUGCACAUACACUACAAGCUCACACACGCACGCCACACCACCAGGGCCUAGCAGGACCUAGCAGGACCCAGCAGGGACUAGCAGGGCAUGCCAGGGGCUACCAGGGGCGACCGGGGCCAGACUGGAAAGGAAAAACACAUUCUAAUAUAGUUUAGCACAGGCGUGUCCAAAGGGCAUAUUGAAAAAAAAUCAAAGGAUGCGGGAGAACACAUUGAUAUUCUUACAUUUUUCAUUUCCUAAAAAGGCAAAAAACUUAGCAUUGCUAUCAACAUGUCCACCUUUUCUCUUUAUAUUGUGGCUUUUUGCUGUAUUCCCCCCAUUUUUGCUGUUUUUUAAAAAUGUAUUUUAUUGCUACAAUGUACCACGAGCCAUUGUAGAAAUAAAAGGAGCACUUUGGACACCCCUGCUUUACCA